CACUUACUAUUCUGGAUGAAGCGAGAUAUAACACGUAGUUGGCUGUCAGACUGACGUCGGUGCUCCGGUUAUCACUUUGCCCCGGGAAGAGAAAAUAAAGAGUUUUUUUUUCUCGGGCGAAUCGCGCGUCGGAAUGAAUUUCCAGGACUUUGACCACACAGCAGCUCGUAAAGUGGAGUAGAAACCCGCGGCAACGUUUUACCAAAUAGGACCGAAGACUUGCAAAAGUCUUGCACGGAUUUAUCUUUCAACCGUUUUAUUGAAACGAAUAGUAAACAUGAUCUGACGUUUCUUUAGUAAUAACGUGACUUUGUUGUCAGUUUGCUGCUGCCGUUACCUAAUUUAUGGCGUUUGACUCCUAGGCGAUGUGAACGGUAUUUAUAAAUCAUUGAACUGCAUGUCUCCCAAUUGGUGAACACCAGAUAACUGUCCCACUGGACGAGGAUUUGUACCAUGGCAACUCGGAUUGGAAUAAUCUUUAUUUUUCAAGUCUAUGUAAACAAUUGUCCUCUGUACUGAUAAAGUGGUGGGUCCGCAGCACACAAGACAUCGAUAACCUCUUGUGUCAGCACGUUCUUUACCCUCCUGAUCUUUCUCAGUUGUCAUUCUAUUUUAUGUUCAAGCUUUUUUCGUUUCUACAAUGGAAACGGUCGUAUUGAAGUUGCAACGCUCAUCGUUAAUCUGAGCACCACCGUCAGAGCGACUCGUUUAUCUUCCCGAGACGCCGUUGUAAGGACAGUCAUGUGGGGCCCUGCGCCACCAUCCCUGCAGGUCGCCGUAAAAGUCCUGAAACACGCCGCUGUCAAAGGACAAAUGCAGCUGAACCGCUGGCUCCAGAGACCCUCCCCGGACGAGUGCGAUAAAAUGGACCUCUUGAUAUGCAACACCUUUGACGAGAGAGGAGGCGCCGUCGGCAAGUCUGAUGGAGACCCGGAGAGCAUCGUUGACACUGGCGUGUCAUUCACCGGUGGCGCCACCAACAGGGAGUUCAGACACCCGUGUUGUAUUACCACGUGUUGCUUCAAGAGCAGCCUCCUGGCAUGCAUUCUGACAGCUGUGUGCUUCUCCUCCGUGGCUCUAGUCCGACAGUACCUCAAGGACCUUCUUCUCUGGGUAGAGAGCUUGGACAGCCUGGUUGGAGCCAUGCUGUUCAUAGUUGGUCUGAUCACUGUGUCCUUCCCAUUCGGCUGGGGGUACAUCGUACUGAACGUGGCUGCGGGAUACCUCUACGGCUUCGUGCUGGGUAUGGGACUGGUGAUGGUGGGCGUGCUCAUAGGUACCUUCGUGGCUCACCUGGUGUGUAAGAGACUGUUGACGGACUGGGUGGUCAACAAGGUGGGGAACUCUGAACAGCUCAGUGCUGUAAUACGGGUGGUGGAGGGGGGAAGUGGACUCAAAGUGGUGGCCUUAGCGAGACUCACACCCAUUCCCUUUGGACUCCAGAAUGCAGUGUUCUCAAUCACAGACGUGUCGUUGCCAAACUACCUGGUGGCGUCGUCAGUCGGCCUGCUGCCCACACAGCUCCUAAACUCCUACCUGGGCACCACGCUGCGCACAAUGGAGGAUGUCAUCGCAGAACAGAGCAUCAGCGGAUACCUGGUCUUCAGUCUACAGAUCAUCAUCAGUAUAGGUCUGAUGUUCUACGUGGUCCAUCGGGCCCAGGUGGAGCUGAAUGCGGCCAUCGCUGCCUGUCAGAUGGAGCUGAAGACAUCACACAUGAACGGCACUUCCACCAAUCACAGCGGCUUCACGUACUGCAGCAAGAGGGCGUCGGCCGGGGGUGGGAUCAUCAACGUGGUCUGAUAAAUGUCUCAAAACCCUGAUUGGACACGAGCAAAUGGGAUCAAAAUGAACACUGAUUGGCCAGUAGAGCAGAUCUGAUAUCUUCCACGACGAGGAGGACCUACCAAAUAGCGACGCUGAUUGUGUGAAUCUAUGGGGCUUGUAGCUGCAGCUGAGGGCUACCAGGUGUUUAGUAGUCAGGUACAGUGGUGUUGUCAUCACAGACUUAGCUACAACCUGAACACUCUAUGCAGCACAGCUCACCAUUCAGAUCUCAAUGAGACCAAGGGCUUCUCUUCUACAGCGUGGGGACCAGGGGCUAAGGGCUUCUCUUCUACAGCGUGGGACCAGGGGCUAAGGGCUUCUCUUCUACAUUGAGGGACCAGUGGCUAAGGGCUUCUCUUCUACAGUGUGGGACCAGAGGCUAAGGGCUUCUCUUCUACAUUGAGGGACCAGUGGCUAAGGGCUUCUCUUCUACAGCGUGGGACCAGAGGCUAAGGGCUUCUCUUCUACAGCGUGGAACCAGGGUGCUAUGCUCUAUGUUGACCUCAUUUAUAAUGAUGUCAAAAGGAAGAAAUGGUUUAGCAUACACUACGAGGCCUUUUUUCUAUUGGUUCGUUUUCUUGUUUUUCUCUCACCAUAAGAAGCAGUACGCCAACGUGUUGAUCCUGCUCUGUUACUGGGGUAGAGGCUUACGGAACCAUGCGUCAUCAUUACGUAUGGUUUAAUGAUGAGGUAUGGUUUAAUGAUGACGUAUGGUUUAAUGAUGAGGUAUGGUUUAAUGAUGACGUAUGGUUUAAUGAUGACGUAUGGCUUAAUGAUGACGUAUGGUUUAAUGAUGAGGUAUGGUUUAAUGAUGACGUAUGGUUUAAUGAUGACAUAUGGUUUAAUGAUGAGGUAUGGUUUAAUGAUGACGUAUGGUUUAAUGAUGACGUAUGGUUUAAUGAUGACGUAUGGCUUAAUGAUGACGUAUGGUUUAAUGAUGAGGUAUGGUUUAAUGAUGACGUAUGGUUUAAUGAUGACAUAUGGUUUAAUGAUGAGGUAUGGUUUAAUGAUGACGUAUGGUUUAAUGAUGAGGUAUGGUUUAAUGAUGAGGUAUGGUUUAAUGAUGAGGUAUGGCUUAAUGAUGAGGUAUGGUUUAAUGAUGAGGUAUGGUUUAAUGAUGAGGUAUGGUUUAAUGAUGAGGUAUGGUUUAAUGAUGAGGUAUGGCUUAAUGAUGAGGUAUGGUUUAAUGAUGAGGUAUGGCUUAAUGAUGAGGUAUGGUUUAACGAUGACGUAUGGUUUAAUGAUGAGGUAUGGCUUAAUGAUGAGGUAUGGUUUAAUGAUGAGGUAUGGUUUAAUGAUGAGGUAUGGUUUAAUGAUAACGUAUGGCUUAAUGAUGAGGUAUGGUUUAAUGAUGAGGUAUGGUUUAAUGAUGACGUAUGGUUUAAUGAUGAGGUAUGGUUUAAUGAUGAGGUAUGGCUUAAUGAUGAGGUAUGGCUUAAUGAUGAGGUAUGGUUUAAUGAUGACGUAUGGUUUAAUGAUGAGGUAUGGCUUAAUGAUGACGUAUGGCUUAAUGAUGAGGUAUGGUUUAAUGAUGAGGUAUGGUUUAAUGAUGAGGUAUGGUUUAAUGAUGGUUUAAUGAUGACGUAUGGCUUAAUGAUGACGUAUGGUUUAAUAAUGAGGUAUGGUUUAAUGAUGACGUAUGGCUUAAUGAUGAGGUAUGGCUCAAUUAAUGAUGAGGUAUGGCUUAAUGAUGAGGUAUGGCUCAAUUAAUGAUGAGGUAUGGCUCAAUUAAUGAUGACGUAUGGUUUAAUGAUGAGGUAUGGCUCAAUUAAUGAUGACGUAUGGUUUAAUGAUGGUUUAAUGAUGACGUAUGGCUCAAUUAAUGAUGAGGUAUGGCUCAAUUAAUGAUGACGUAUGGUUUAAUGAUGAGGUAUGGCUCAAUUAAUGAUGACGUAUGGUUUAAUGAUGAGGUAUGGCUUAAUGAUGAGGUAUGGCUUAAUGAUGACGUAUGGUUUAAUGAUGAGGUAUGGUUUAAUGAUGAGGUAUGGUUUAAUGAUGAGGUAUGGCUCAAUUAAUGAUGACGUAUGGUUUAAUGAUGAGGUAUGGUUUAAUGAUGAGGUAUGGUUUAAUGAUGACGUAUGGUUUAAUGAUGACGUAUGGUUUAAUGAUGAGGUAUGGUUUAAUGAUGAGGUAUGGCUCAAUUAAUGAUGACGUAUGGUUUAAUGAUGAGGUAUGGUUUAAUGAUGAGGUAUGGUUUAAUGAUGAGGUAUGGCUCAAUUAAUGAUGACGUAUGGCUUAAUGAUGACGUAUGGUUUAAUGAUGACGUAAUUAUGACGUAUGGCUUAAUGACCAAAGCUGACCAGGCACAACCUGGCUGGUCACAAAUGGCCCCCUAUUCAAUAUGCACUACUGUAGAGCCCUAUGGUUCCUGGUCAAAAGUAGUGCGCUAUAUAGGGAAUCCCUGUCUACCUGUCAGAUGUACAAUAUGCUAAUAAUAUGUGUGUAAAGUAGGAGGAGUUUGUUGUGUUCUGUUUCCAUGUUCCAUCCAAACUUCCCAUGCAAAUGAUAGCUGUUUUAGUUACCAACAAUUCUUGGGGGGUUAAUUCAUUGUUUUUUUUUAAAUUAUUUUUUUGCAUUUUUUUCAUCAAUAGUAAAGGGCAUUAUUUGGAUAGGUUUAUCCGACUGUAGUUGAA